GGGCCUCGCCUCUCGGUGAAGGGCGUGGCUGGAGCUGUUGAACUACCCCAGCGUUCCUUCCAGACGCUGGACCCUAGGUGUCUCUGGCGGAACGGCUGCGCCCCGCAGGGACGGGACGACUGGCCUGGGCGGAGGACUCGGGGCGGGGGCGAGGGCCCGGCCGAGGCGGCCCAGAAGGAAGAGACUUCGCAGACGGGCCGCCCCCUGCGGGAAGUGAGCGCGCGUGGAAAGACCGCGCGUCCCAGAAAAUGAGCUCCUCCCCACACUGCCUGGUCCAGAAGUGAGCGUGGGAGGCACCCCUUGCAGACACAACUUGGGGCUUAAAAGUCCUUCCCGCUGAGAAAGUCACCGUGCCUGUCCGCAGACCCGCCCUGCGUGGCUGGGCGUGGAAACGCCUGCUUUUGCCUUGUCUGCUUCAGCCGUGGAAGACACAGGAAGCGCCCAUUAGAUAAUCUGUGUGUGUGUGGCUUUCCUGAAAUUCAGGUUUCACUACUCAGCCUACCUACAUGAUAAAAGAAACUUCAAGCCAGAUAUUGCCAGAAAUGUCAGAAGAUUCAGAAAAGGAAGACUAUUCAGACAGAACGAUCAGUGAUGAAGAUGAAUCAGAUGAGGAUAACUUCAUGAAAUUUGUAAGUGAAGAUAUCCACCAGUGUGCACUUUUAACAGUCUUUCGAGAUACCUACUAUUCUCAGAUUGCUAACUCUGUUGGUGACCCAUUUUUCCCCCGGACUACCCAGAUACUGUUGGAAUAUCAACUAGGGAGAUGGGUGCCACGUCUUCGUGAACCACGAGAUUUGUAUGGUGUUUCUUCUUCUGGUCCACUGAGUCCAACACGGUGGCCGUACCACUGUGAGGUCAUUGAUGAAAAAGUCCAGCAUAUUGAUUGGACUCCUUCUUAUCCUGAGCCAGUGUACAUCCCAACAGGUCUAGAGAUAGAACCUCUUUAUCCAAACUACAAGGAAGAUACUGUAGUUUAUCUAGCUGAAGAUGCUUACAAGGAGCCCUGUUUUGUGUAUUCCCGAGUAGGGGGCAACCGAACACCCCUGAAGCAACCUGUGGAUAACUAUGACAAUACUUUGAUGUUUGAAGCAAGGUUUGAGAGUGGAAAUCUACAGAAGGUAGUCAAAGUGGCAGAAUAUGAAUACCAGUUGACUGUGCGCCCUGACCUGUUCACAAAUAAACACACCCAGUGGUACUAUUUCCAAGUCACUAAUACUCAAGCAGGAAUCGUCUACAGAUUCACUAUAAUCAAUUUCACUAAGCCUGCUAGUCUUUACAAUCGGGGUAUGCGCCCACUGUUUUAUUCUGAAAAAGAGGCCAAGGCUCAUAAUAUUGGCUGGCAGAGAAUAGGAGACCAAAUCAAAUAUUAUAGGAACAACCAGGGACAAGAGGGGCGCCAUUAUUUCUCUCUUACAUGGACAUUUCAAUUUCCACACAACAAAGAUACCUGCUACUUUGCUCACUGCUAUCCAUAUACUUACACCAACCUGCAAGAAUACUUGUCUAGUAUCAAUAAUGACUCAGUACGGUCAAAGUUUUGUAAAAUACGUGUCCUGUGCCACACAAUUGCUAGAAACAUGGUGUAUGUUUUAACGAUCACUACUCCUUUGAAGAAUGCUGACUCAAGAAAGCGAAAGGCUGUGAUUUUGACUGCAAGGGUACAUCCAGGGGAAACCAACAGCUCUUGGAUCAUGAAAGGCUUCCUAGAUUAUAUUUUAGGAGACUCAAGUGAUGCACAGUUGCUUCGGGACACUUUCAUCUUCAAGGUGGUACCUAUGCUGAAUCCAGACGGUGUGAUAGUGGGAAAUUAUCGUUGUUCCUUAGCUGGACAAGAUUUAAACCGUAACUAUACAUCUGUCCUAAAGGAAUCAUUUCCUUCUGUUUGGUAUACCCGGAACAUGAUCCGUAGAUUAAUGGAGAAACGAGAGGUUAUUUUAUAUUGUGACCUUCAUGGCCAUAGUAGGAAAGAGAACAUCUUCAUGUAUGGUUGUGACGGUAGUGAGAGAUGUAAAGCAUUAUACUUACAACAACAAAUCUUUCCACUUAUGCUGAGCAAAAAUUGUCCAGAUAAAUUUUCAUUCUCAGCUUGCAAGUUUAAUGUUCAGAAGAGCAAAGAGGGAACAGGAAGGGUGGUAAUGUGGAAAAUGGGAAUCAAGAACAGCUUCACCAUGGAGGCUACUUUUUGUGGAUCUACCCUGGGUAAUAAACGAGGUACUCAUUUCAACAUAAAAGACUUGGAGUCGAUGGGGUAUCAUUUUUGUGAUUCUCUUUUGGACUAUUGUGACCCAGACCGAACCAAGUACUAUCAGUGCCUGAAAGAAUUGGAAGAGAUGGAAAAACAUAUAAAUUUGGAAAAAGUCCUUGAGGAUUCAGAUACUUCUCUGAAAGAAAUUGCAUUGGAUCUAGAGUCUAGUAGCCGAGGGUCUGACAGUUCAGAAUCCAAUGAGUCUCAGACUUACCUUCUCAAAUUAACUUCUCAGCUAAAAAACAAGAAAAAACACUUGAAAACAAAGAAGGAAAGAAAUUCUACCAUAGCAAGUAAUCAAAACACCAGAGAAGAACCACAGGUUUGUGAUAAAGGACAUUUAGUGCAAAGACAAUCAAAUUCUGAUGUGAAAGCUACAAACCCUGAUGUAUCAGAUGACAGUAUAUUUGAUUAUUUCAGAAGACCAUUCCCUAAUCAAGGUUUAGAUCUGCAUCACAACUUGAAAAGAAAAAUGAAAGAAUGUACUUCUUUCCAAAGCAAGAAGACUGGCAUAAAUUGGACAGAUGAUGAGAAAAGAAUCUACAGGGAUAAAAGAAUAGCUCAAACUCAAGAAAUACUGCAGUAUUUGCUCCCUAUCAUGGAAAGCACUAAAAUUGUGCAAAACCCCCAGAUAAAACAGAUACUCAAUCCAAGAACCAACUUCCAAAUUCAACAUCAAUUAAAGCCAGCUACUUUCAUAAAUAUAAAGAGAUACAGCACAUCCUCGACACAACCCAGAAAUCCCCGUUUUACAAGCCAAAGUAACCUUGUGGUAAGCUCUUCAGAGUGGCUCCAGUCAGCGUCCCAGCGGUCAUUUGAAAGUUUGUCACCUCUCAAGGUGCCCAAGAAGAAGAAAAAACACUCUGAAAUCAAGGCCACAAAGACUCAAGAUGUGAAACCUCUCAGCAGCAAAUGGGAGACUGCUCCCUCAAGUUUUGAGAAGGAUGCAGAUAUCAAAGGAAAGAGUCUUCAAGCUGAAGGAUCCAGUGACCAAAACUCUAAGCAAAUAGCUCCACAUCUAACUAGGAAUAGGGAUGAGCAACCAAAUAGGAAUUAUGGACAACCUAUCCAUUUGAAGUUCCAAAGGGACAAAUAAUUUAGCUUUAUGCUACUCUGAAAACUGUGGAUGAAAAAUAACAUGUUUACAUAGUAAAAAGAAAAGGAAAAGAAAGAAAAAUGAGAAAGCCCUCCCCACCCCUCUAUCUCUAUCCCUCCCCUUACACAUACAUAUACUAAACUACAAAUUGUAGAUAACUCUUCUUUAGUGGGAACAUUUUUUAGAGAUUUAAAAAGAAAUCCAAAGAAAAUACAGAAAAUUUAGAAUUACUUAUUUAUAUAUAAUUUUUGUCAAGAUGGAAAAAAAUCUAUGAACUUGUGAAUUCUCCCAAAACAACUUAUGCAUAAAACUCAAGGAAGGAAUGGCAUAUACUAUGACUUUAACAUCCCUACAAGGCACCUUAAUGAAUCAGCAAACAUCAUUUCUUGAUUUUCUGUUACGUCUUUAGUGUGCUGGAAACCACCAAUGAUAUAAAAGACAUUUCUCCCCACUGGAAGGUUAUUGUAUAAUUGUACAUAUAAAGCAUACAUGACUAAAAUAAUUAUAGAAUAAGAUAGUACAUAGUGAAGUGCUAAGUUGUACAUCUCCAAUAAUUAAAUACUAUAUGUUAAAGGAUGUUAAGUACACAGAGCAAAAGCGUGUCACAAAAUAACACUGAAAUGCAUAGAUUAUGGUUCAUCAUAGUUCUUUUACUUCUCAAAGUAUAGCAAAAAUGUAAAAGCUUAGAUGUGCAGUUUCCUUUAGAGUGGACAAAUGUACAUCUCCAGCCAUUCAUUCAUGGGAAAGCAAGUGGAGCAUCUCACAAGUUUAUCAUUCAUAAGACAGUGAGCACUGGUGGGAUUCCGUGAGGACACUACAGAGAAACAGAUAGGUCGGGCAAAUAAUAAAGAUGGAUGUGAUAGUGAGAAAACAAGAGCCACAGGUCACCAAUGGUGUCCAUUACAGGGUAAGGUAAGCAGAAUGUGGAUCUGGUAGGUGAGAUACAUAAAAGUUGCAAGCUACAAACCUAGCUCAUGGUAGCAAGCCCAAACUAGGAAAAUCUAAAGUUGGGUAGUCUACUCUCAACAAUAAUUCCAAUAGCCAAAGGUUCAAGGAAAGCUCGCUGGGAUAUUAGAAGAGUAGCUACUAUGUUUUUGUUUUUGUUUUAUUUUUAUUUUUGUUUUGAAUUUUUAGAGAAGGUUCACAGCAAUACUGAGCUGAAAGUAGAGAUAUCCCGUAAACUUCUUGACCCCCACACAUAUAUAGCCUCCCCAUUAUCUCCAUUGUCCACCAUUUGUUACAGUUGAUCAACCUACACUGAUAAAUCACUACCAUCCAAAGUCCCUAGUUUACCUUAGAGUUUUACCUGGGUGUUGUAUAUUCUAUGGAUUUGAACAAGUGUCUAAUAAAGUAUAUCCACCAUUACAGUAUCA